AUGGUCAACACCAUCGGCGUCAAUGGAUAUGAUAACGGUGAUGUCCCUGACUCCGAGACGCUCCGCGAUAAGCUCAUGGCAUACGUCGGCGAGCAAUUGACCCUUAACCAACGCCUUCGGCGGCUAGAAGUUGAGCUUGGUUACUCUAUCGGCCUCACCAAGCUCAAGCAGAUCCAGCGUGAGCUUGGCAUCCCCACUUCCCGCAAGCCACCAUCUUUGCCUGCUGCGACAACCUUGGUGUGUGAGAAGAUGGUUGAGGAUGCUCAUGGCGGUCGGGGCCCAAACUCUAUCAAGACGCAACUUGCGCUUGAAGGCAACCCGCUUCCACGGAGCAUCAUACGCUCGGUCAUGCAUGCCCAUCACCCUGAAGGUGCUGCCCUACGCUAUCCAGGAGGCCGCACGAAAGUCAAGCAACGUGGCUUCCUUAGGGCUUUUGGCCCUUUUCAUGAAUGGCAUGCCGAUGGCCACGAAAAGCUCAGCAGCAAGGCGCUCCGUAUUGGACCUGUUGGCAUGGGUAUCUACGGUAUCACCGAUAAGUGGACGAGACAAAUUAUUCACACCAAGUGCUAUCCCGAUGUUCGCCAUGCAGCAGCUGUUGGCCACAUUCUCGCCGAUACCAUCUCUGAAGUUGGUGCUAUCUGCAUUCAGCUGACGGUUGACCAUGGAAGUGAAACGGCAGACAUGGGUGGCUUACAGAUCACUUUACGGUAUGCUAUUGACCCAGUGCAAUAUCCACCUUUCCUGACACUGAAGAGCACAGACAACAUAUCGAUCGAGAGCAAGUGGAAGUGGUGGCUUGAGUUUGGAGGUCGGAAUCUGCGGGAGGAGAUGCUCCGUGGAACUGAGAUAGGUAUCUUCAAUGGAGGAAAUCCGCUUCAUUGUGAUCUGUUUCAGUGGCUUUGGCCACAGAUUGUCCAGCUUGUUCUGGAUGACUUCAAGCAUGCGUGGAACGCGAAGAGGAUAAGAAAGCAGAAGAAUGUGCUCCUACCUACUGGUGGGACUCCAAACGACUUCAUGGUUCGCCCGCAGGACUAUGGAGGAGAACGGGUGUCUAUCCCUGUUGAUAUUCACAACGUCACAGAAAUCCGCUCUAACUUUGACACAACCAGGGAGGACGCCUUCCGGUGGGUUGAUGAUGUAUUUGCUGAUGCAGCCUUUUAUGCAUAUCAGUCUAUCGGCUCUCCUGAGUUGAAAGUGAGCACUGCAUGGGACACAUUUCUCCGCAUGCUCCCCGUGCUCUCUACCACUGUAACUUAUGAUUAG